GCGCCGGGUGCUAGCCCGCUGGGGGGAGGGGAGGGGGUGCCGGGCUUGUCCCCCUCCCCCCGCGUGACGUGAUGCUCGGCAGCGGGCAGCCCUGCUCCCAGCGGUGCGGGAACAGCGUGUGUCGCUAGGGCUCCUCCUCCCCGCCCCUGCGCCCGCACCCUGGCAAAGUGGGGGUCCCCCGAGGGCCCAGGAUCUGGAGGAGGAGGAGGAGGAGGAGGACUCCUGGGGGAGAGACCCUGGAGAGCAGCCGCUGCAGGCAUGUUGCAGAAUGUGAAUCCCCACAGCAAGAUUUUGGGGGAGGGCAGUACUGGGCUCAUGGGCCUGGCGACGGAGUCGACCCCAGGCAAGCGGAUCCGCAAGCCGUCACUGCUCUACGAGGGUUUCGAGAGCCCCACCAUGGCGUCAGUGCCAGCCCUGCACCUGCCUCAGGUGAACCCUCCACCACCGGAGGUGUCCAACCCCAAAAAGCCAGGCAGGGUCACCAACCAGCUGCAGUAUCUCCACAAGGUGGUGAUGAAGGCCCUGUGGAAACAUCAGUUCGCCUGGCCCUUCCGCCAGCCCGUCGAUGCUGUCAAGCUGGGCCUGCCGGAUUAUCACAAGAUUAUCAAGCAGCCCAUGGACAUGGGGACCAUCAAGCGACGUCUGGAGAACAACUAUUACUGGGGGGCGGCGGAGUGCAUGCAGGACUUCAACACCAUGUUCACCAACUGUUACAUCUACAACAAGCCUACGGAUGACAUUGUGCUGAUGGCCCAGACCCUGGAGAAGAUUUUCCUGCAGAAAGUGGCUCAGAUGCCUGCAGAGGAGCAGGAGAUUGUGAUCACCGUGGCCAAGAACAGCCACAAGAAGGGGGCUUCCCGGGCGGCAGCUCUCCUGGCAGGAGCAGUCACUGCAGCUCACCAAGUGCCCGCAGUCUCCUCAGUCUCGCAUGCCUCGCUCUACACCCCAAGCGCUGAGAUCCCCACCACUGUGCUCAGUAUCCCCCACCCCUCGGUGAUCUCAGCACCGCUUCUCAAAUCACUGCACUCCGCCGCCUGCCAGCCAGUGCUGGCUGUGCCCGCUCCCACGCAGCCUGUGGCCAAGAAGAAGGGUGUGAAGCGAAAAGCAGACACCACCACCCCCACCACCACAGCCAUCAUCGCCACUAGCGGGGAGUCAUCCCCGUCGGCCACCCUCCUGGAGCCCAAAGCGGCCAAGAUCCCCACCCGGCGGGAGAGCGGGCGCCCCAUCAAGCCCCCCAAGAAGGACCUGCCCGACUCGCAGCAGCACCAGACCUCCAAGAAGGGCAAGCUGUCCGAGCAGCUCAAGUAUUGCAACGGCAUCCUCAAGGACCUGGUGUCCAAGAAGCACGCUGCCUACGCCUGGCCGUUUUACAAGCCCGUCGAUGCCUCUGCCCUGGGGCUGCACGACUACCACGAGAUCAUCAAGUGCCCCAUGGACCUCAGCACCAUCAAACGGAAGAUGGAGAACCGGGAUUACCACGAUGCGCAGGAAUUUGCUGCCGACGUCCGGUUAAUGUUCUCCAACUGCUACAAGUACAACCCUCCCGACCACGACGUCGUGGCCAUGGCUCGCAAGCUGCAGGACGUGUUCGAGUUCAGCUAUGCCAAGAUGCCGGACGAGCCCCUGGACACCAACCCGCAGUCGGCCGGGCUGUCUGGAGCCCUCUCGAAAUCCUCCUCCGAGGAGUCGUCCAGCGACGACGAGGAUGAGGAUGAAGAUGAGGAUGAGGACGACGAAGAGAGCAGCAGCGAGAGCUCGUCAGAGAGCGAGGAGAGCUCCGACUCGGAGGAGGAGCGCGCUAACCGGCUGGCGGAGCUGCAGGAGCAGCUGCGGGCAGUGCAUGAGCAGCUGGCCGCCCUGUCGCAGAGCCCGGUCUCCAAGCCCAAAAAGAAGCGAGAGAGGAAGGAGAGGAAAAGGAAGAAGAAAUCGGAGAAGCACAAGGGCCGGGGAGGCGAGGAGGAGGCCCGGGCACGCCAGGCCCAGCUGAAGAAGGCCAAAAAAGCAGGGGGCAGCAGUGGAGGGACGAGCGGGAGCAGCAGCAGCAGCAUCACCAAGAAUUCCAGUAAGGUGUCGAAGGGGGCGCUGCCGGCACCCCCCAUGCUCUACGACUCCGAGGAGGAGGAGGAGAGCAAGCCCAUGACCUACGACGAGAAGCGCCAGCUCAGCCUGGACAUCAACAAGCUGCCGGGGGAGAAGCUGGGGCGUGUGGUGCACAUCAUCCAGUCGCGGGAGCCCUCGCUGCGCGACUCCAACCCCGAGGAGAUUGAGAUCGACUUCGAGACCCUCAAGCCCUCCACCCUGCGGGAGCUGGAGCACUAUGUGCUGUCCUGCCUGCGCAAGAAGCCGCGCAAACCCUACAGCGAGACCAUGAAGAAGCCGGUGGGGAAGACGAAGGAGGAGCUGGCGCUAGAGAAGAAACGGGAGCUGGAGAAGCGGCUGCAGGACGUGAGCGGCCAGCUCAACUCCACCAAGAAGCCCCCCAAGAAGGCCAAUGAGAAGCCAGAGUCUGCCCAGCAGGUGCCCGUCUCGCGGCUCAGCGCCAGCAGCUCCAGCUCCGACUCCAGCAGCAGCAGCUCCAGCUCCUCGUCCUCGGACACCAGCGACUCGGAUUCCGGCUAGAGCUGGGCGGUGAUGGCAGUGGGUGGGCGGCGGCGUGGCCGGGUGGAAGCGUGGGAAGGUUCAGAAGAGGCUCUGCGGGACCGGACCCCAUGUGAACCGGACUGAGCAGCUCCACCCGGCGGGCAGCACCCCCAAGGCAAGGGAGGGCGCCAGUGACUGCCCCCUCCCGCACAUGGGCACUGCCCCAGCGUUUACAGUUCGGAGGCCCCUGGGGGUUGUCGGCGCAGAGGCACCUGCUGGGCACAGCCUGUGCAGGCCCUGGCACGACCCCAGCCAGGUUUUACCGUUUGGUUUGGUUUGGUUCUGACCCAUGGGAGCUUUUCCCAGGGCAGAGUUUGGGUUUUAAAGGGUUUGGAAGUCUCCACGUUUGGAUUUGCUCUUGAGGGGUGGGGCUGGGGGUUUGAGGGGGCCUGGCUGGACAGAUGGAAGCUGCAGGCCCCUCACGUGCUCUGGGCUGCAUCGCCGGACCCCCCCCAUCUCACGUCCUGCUGGCGGCCUCGUCCCCUUCUCCGGGGAGGCUUUAUUUAUUUGAGCAGCGGUUGGGCCACGGCCCUGCAGAGAUGGGUGUCACCUGCCCGGCUCCAGGACUGCAGUGUACAUGGCCCGCGGGGCACAGCCUGGGCAGCAUGCUCAUUACUGGGGGGGCAGGGAGGGGAGGGGGGCUGUUUUUUAUGUUGACUGUACAAUUGUUUUCUACUCCUUCCUUUUCCCUUCCUGUCCCCUGCUCACCCUGUCAGACCCCGAGGGUGGGCUCAGCUGUUCUGACCUUUCCAGCCUGGAACAUGUAAAUAAAGAAAAUAUUAUUGGA